AUGUUGGCUCGAAAUUCUGUGCGUUCUCUCUCCAAGCGCUUGCUCUCAUCAACAUCGGGUGGUCAUGUUUCUUCGGCUUCUUCUUCAAUUCAUAGCACCACCCAAAAGGGUCUGUUUUCAUCCUACACACAAACUCAAAACGGUAGAGUUGCUUCCUUCCACAAGAUGAUGCUGAUUCAACAACAAAAUCAACAACCUUCCGCAACAACUACAUCAAAAACGUCAUCAUCACCAUCAUCAAAUAAUAAUAAUAACACGACCACUGCUGUAAAUUCCACCACCACAGCAGGUGCCAAUAAACCAACCACUACUACCCUCUCUCAACAGCAGAAACAACAGAGUGGUGGUUCUGGAUCUUCAUCAUCCAACAAGCAACAACAAGGUGGCUCGAAGAGUGGAUCCAUGUUCAAGACUGUUCUAAUUUCCUCUCUUUUGACCGGAGCAGUAGCUGCUGGUGUGGUCUUUUACAUCAACAAUUCCCUGCAAGCCAUGGAAAAGGAUCACGCACAACAAGCGAAAACAGCCGAAAAACUCAAGAGAGAAAUUCAAGCUAAAAAGCUGCAACAAGAGCAAGCCAAAUCAAAGCUUAGCUCCUUAAGUAACGAGUUGGAAGAGUUAGAAAAACAACACACUGCUAAAUUGUUAGCCUUGAAAGAUUCCUACAAUAACAAGAUGAAUCUAUUACAGGAACAAUUGAAAGAACUCGUUCAAAAAGUCUCAUCAUUGGAGCAAGAAAAGAGAGAGCUCUCUGAGAAUUUGGAGAGAAAUAUCAAGCUACAGCAAGAUUUACUCUCCGAAAAGGAAGCACUCCAAAGUGAAAAGAAUAUUUUGGAGCAACAAUUGAAUAGUCUCAAUUCUCUUCAGGUAAGAAGCAGUGGUUCGAUUAUUUCCGAUGUGUUGGGUCGUGAGAUUGAUGAUUUGACUGCUCCACUCUCUGAAGAAGAUCGAGACAAAUUCCUCUCAAGAAUUCAUCGCUUGGAAACUCAAUUAGCAAAAAAGGAAAAAUUGAUUGAACAAAUCAAGCACGAAUCAGAAGAGAGUAUCCACAGAAUGAAAGCGCUCACUGAAGAAAAAUUGGCCUCUCUAAAGAAAGAAUCAGAGGAGAAUAUUGCAACAUUACAAAAUCAAAUGGAAGAGCUUCAAAAGAAGCACGCCGAAGAUUUGGAAGCAGAGAGAAGGAAAAUUCUGGAUGAAUUUGAACUCAACAUGCAGCGACAAGCUCAUGACUUGCUGAUGGGAUUCUAUGACAAUGCUCUCCAAAGAUCCAAGCACGUACAAGAAUUGACCAACCAAGUCUAUGCGAUGGAAGAAACCUAUAAGGUUGCCUCCUCCAACUUUUCAUCCAAUAUUGAUUUACAAAAGUUUGCUGCUGCCGUGCUGGCUCUUCAGGACAUCCUUCAAACAAGUGCUCCAUUCAAACCUGAACUUGAUACUUUAAAGAAGUUGGCAGAAAAUGACGAGCUCAUUAGGACCGUCGUGGAGACAAUUCCUCGCUCGAUAUCUGAGAAUGGAGUUCAAAAAUUGGACGAUUUAACCGAAAGAUUUAAGGUUGUUAAAAGAAAGGCUAUUGAGGCAUCCCUCACACCACACGACAGCGGCCUUUUAGGCGUCUUUUAUGCCAAACUUCUUUCACUUGCUGUAGUUGCUGAGGAGGGGUUUGUGGACGGAGAGACCCUGAAUGCCAUCAUGGCUAGAACUGAAUUUUACUUGCAACAACGAAGACUUGUGGACGCUGUGAAUGAAAUUGACAAGACUCAACAUGUAUCUAGCGAAGAAGUCAAACGAAUUCUCCAGGAUUGGGUUUUGGAAGCAAAGAAUAGACUCCUCAUUGAUCAAGCUCUCCAAACCUUGCAAUCUCAUCUCGUCGUUCAAUCACACUCACUUGAAAAACGACAACAAUAA